AUGCACUCUUGCUGUAAUUGCCUUUCCGUGUCUUUCUUUCCGGAACUUUUUCUGGCAAAGUCAAGGACGUCCAGGGCAAAAAUAAAUGUAAAAUCAAUCCGGAACGAGUGCAAAAGUUACACGUUUUCCGAAGAUUCUUUAGAUAUACGCAAAUCUUUAGAAAAGCUUGGUUUAAUACUUGGAGAGAAAAUUGAUGAAGGUUCUUCUGCAUUUAUAUACCUCGCAAUUUCUACUGGACUGAGUGGUUUUGGAAAAAGUAGUUGGCAAGGAGAAAAAGGGAAAGUUCACGCAGUAAAGGUUGUAAAGCUUUCUGAAGGAAAAGAAGAGAGCAAACUUCUUGCAUUUCAUGAAGAAUAUUCGCUACUCUCAAGUCUAAGUCACAGAGGGAUUGUAAAAGUUUAUCAUUAUGAUCGUUUAUUUAUGGUCAUGGAAUACUGUGGUGGUGGCAGUCUUUUUGAAGCUUUACAUUGCACAAAUAUAAAAGCAAAAAAUGUACUGAACCAAGAAACGGAGGGGGAACUUAUCUCGAUGAUAGAUGAGAACAUGCCUAUUCUCAAUUUACCUAUCUUAAUGUUGGACAUCGCUGAGGCAUUGAGUUAUAUACAUCAGCAUGACUUAGCUCAUCGUGAUAUAAAAUCAGCCAAUAUACUUUUAACCUGGGAUAAGAAACUUGAAAGAGUGAGGGCUAAGAUAGCAGAUUUUGGAUCUGCUAACGCGGUUUCAGUCGUUCCAGUGAGAAAAAAGACAAAUCCUCUUCGAUCUCUUUUGGGAUUACAGAGAGGAUUCUAUCCAGUCGGUUCCUUAUUGUGGAUGUCACCAGAAAUGCUUGAACCACCAUUUGAAGAGGAAGAAGUCUAUGCCAGAGCAGAUAAGGUAGAUUCAUAUGCGCUUGCCAUUGUUUUGUGGGAAUGUAUGGAAUGGCGAAUUCCCUGGUGUGGGACAGAAGUUCCAUCACGUAAAUUGGUAGUUAAAAAAGUUGUGAAAAGUAAGUCGAUGCACUUACCUUUGCCGAGAAAAGCAACAAAAGAUUUUGCAGAACUUAUCACAGUUAUGCUACACAAGGAUCCAAGAAAGAGGCCCACCUCUGUAGAGAUUUUUGAAAGAUUAGAAGAUAUUGCUGGAAUAUGGGAUACAGAACGAGCUUACCAACAAAUAUCAUCCUAUCUGCACAUUAAUAGGACCACAGAGGAAUAUAUUUAUAAGGUUCUCUCUGUUAAUGCUUCUCACGAGUCUACCAUACCUGUAGUUACGAGUAAAGAAAAUGUUUACGAUCAUAAUUCAUAA